AAAUAACUUUUCUGUCUUUUCUUUAUUUUCUUUACUAUUCUAUUCUUAAAACACUAAGCAUAUAUGUCUGACGAUCAAUACUACGGCGCUUCUCUUGAAGGAAAUAUCAUUAAAUACGGAAAUCUGAUUGCCUUGAAGCACAACAUGACCGGCCGCUACUUGACCUCUCGACUAGGCGACAAUUAUGAAGGUGGCAGUGGUCAACAAAAGGCAUUUGCCGGUGGUUGGGAAGCGUCUUCCGAGACGUUCUUUAUUGUCCUUCCUCGCUUUGGCGACGAACGUACUGGUGAAGACGUCAAUUUCGGUGAUGUGAUCCGUCUCAAGCACUUGGAAACGCGUGCCAACCUUCAUUCUCAUCCCGAUAUUGCUAGUCCUGUUACCGAACAACAGGAAGUCACUUGUUACGGCGAUGAUUCCCUUACGGACGAAAAUGAUGAAUGGAUUGUAGAACAAUGGGGCUUUGAUGAAGCUGAAAAUGAAGAGUUUGAUGUUGAGGAUCCCACUUGGUAUGUCGGUCGUUCUUUCAUACUUAGACAUGUUGCUACUGGCGUCACUUUGCAUAGUCACGAGGAGCUUAUCGCUGAAGACGCUAAUGAAGUCACCGGCUAUGGUGCUGGCCCUGAUGAAAAUGAUAGAUGGCGCGUCGCUUUCUAAGUUGUUUUAUACCCUUUAUACAUUCAAAUAAAGUACGCAAUUACCUUUAAACAAAAUAACUUU